GGAAAACACUUCUUUGUUCUACACAACUACUGAAACACUUAACUAUUUUUACGCGGCUUUAAUUGUCAAGUAAAUCAACGGAUACCAUUAAAAUAAAACAUUUAAUCAUUAGCUAUUUUAUAUCUUCAAAAGAACGAAACAGUUUUGGAGCAGGGCUGACUGACAGCUGAUUUUAAGGCUUCUCGUUCCCAUAGCAACCACCUGUUUCACCCCACCCCCGUGCGCGUGUAGCACCUGCCCAAAGCAUCAGCAUCAGAUACGGCAUUUAUUAUUUAAAUUGCCCAAGAAGAUCCUACACCACAGGCUUGAGAAACUAGACAGAACCUUCAUUGUACCUUUCAAAUAGGCUGUUAUGUCAUUCUUUUAUGAAAACGUCGCAAACUCUUGUAGCGCCUUAGAAACCCUUGGAACAAGCAUCAAAUAAAUGAAUAGAGAGGCGCGGAAGACGCGCAGUAGCGCAGAGGAUAUAGAUGGUGAAGAUGACGCUCACAGCAGACCUUCAUCAGUGCUGUGGGAAAGACACAUCGAGCAGAGUAUAUUUGUGGAUAUCAGCGAUGAUGACAGCCUGCAUUUCAGUGACAUGCAGGGCGCCUUCACUGUUCACCUCUCACAGGCCUCUGGUGUACCUGAGAGCCCACCACUCACUGAUAAUGCAGAGCUGUCAGAGUCAUGUGAGACUGAAGAGGGCUCUUCAGAGAGUGUUGAAUCAGUUAGUAGUGAAUGCACAGAACAUUCAAAAACCAGAAACAGGAAGGGAAACAUACCCAAGGCGUCAGUACAGAAAACCACCCCAGUAGUGAAGCCAGUCAUUGGAAUACAUGAGAAUGAUGCUGUCAACACCAGUGAUGAAGAACAUGAAGAGCUCCCAUAUGAUGGUGCACACAGCAACUACAAAACAGAGAUGAAUUUAAAAGGAUCUCCAUGUGAAACGGUUACUGAGAUGCCUAGUCGGAAUUUCUCUACACUUGAUAAGUUAAGUAUGCCAAUUGGUAAUGCAGAACAAACAGAGGCUUGCCAGUAUAAUCUUACUCACUGUCUUCUAUCCAAUCAUAAAGCAAUAAAGGAUGUGGCUCUGCCUGUAGCCACACCUAUUCAACAUGCAGACCACAUCAAUGACUUCCUGCUCAGACACUUCUCCAAGGAGGAGCUGCUUAAUUCAAGCAGGAUCAUUGAAGCAGAGACCCUUCCCGAGAUGUCUUUGAUGGACAGCAUUGAUGAAACCGUACAGAGUAGAGCUUCUCAGGCUGCACAGAUCUUCGUAACAGAGAGGGAGAAGAUUCAGUAUGUGAUGGAGGAGCCUGAUCCAAGCAUUGCUGAAAGCCAUAGAUUGGCUGAACUAAAUGUCUCAAAUGAGUCAAGUUCAUCUAAGGAAACUGGGUCGACUUGCAUCAGUGAUGCUGCGUCUGCUGGGGAUGACGACGAUGAUAAUAAAGAGUGUCCUAAGCAGAACUACAGUGCUAACUCUUUAGAUCUGUCUAAAGCAGAUGCACAUAAGCCUAAGUGCUCCUUCAGCAGGACCAGGUCCUACAGUGAGCUGAAAUACGGGCAGGGAAAGGUGCAUUACCCACUACCUGACUUCUCUAAAGUGGCACCUAAAGUCAAAAUACCUAAAGGUAAUGCAGGUGUUAAACCCAUCAGCCAGUCACCAGCUAUGACCCGAGCCCAGUCGUCCCCAGGCAUUCUGGGUAAAUCAGCCUCCUCUUGUAAACCUACAGCAGAUAUCAUCAGCAGGGUUUUAGAGGACUCCAUCAUGCCACCAGAGAAUGUGUUCACAGACAAGGAAGUAGCACAUCAGUUACAGGUUGAAUAUGACAGAUUGCUCGCUAAAUAUACAGAAGCUGAAAACCUAAUUGGUCAGCAGAUUCAUGCGUCCAGUGAGCCUUCUGUGACCAUCGACUGGAAUGAUGCAACUAGCAACAAUGAAAACACCAAACUGACAGCAACUAACCCACAAGCAUCAGCCGCAGGCAAGAAGCCAUUGUAUUUCUUUCUCCAGCUGAAGUUCUGUACUACACUGUAACCCUGACA